AUGGAAAAACUCAUUCGAGCGCUAUCCCGACCGAUGCUUGGCGACUCCUGCAUGAGUCUGGAUUCGGAUCCCUUCAAGAAAAUGGCUGCGACGAUUAAAGAUCCGCAACGUAUCGUCGAGAUACGAGAGAGCGAGAUACCCGUUCCUUGUCUUGAUAUCAGCAGCUCUCCAGCACUCAACGAUUACAAGCUUGGCGUCAUGAGAAAACUACGGGCUUUCAACAAUGACGAUAUCCCUGAUGAUGCUACCCUUUCAUCCAUCAAAAUGAAACGGAUGGCACUAGCCAAGCAAAUGAUUGGCAAAAUGGGUAAAAGUGUCAAUAUCGAAACGCCAUUCUUCAUCGUAUGGGGCUGCAACACUUUUAUCGGCAAUGGAGUUUACAUGAACCGAGAAAUCUCCAUCUAUGACAAUGCUCUCGUCAGCAUCGGGGACAACGUGCUCAUCGGACCAGGAGUUUGUAUCUGCACUACAACACACGCGACGGACAUCAAAGGGCGUAGAGAGGCCCAAGGCACUUCAUAUUCCCUGCCCAUACGCAUCGAGUCAGAUUGCUGGAUAGGUGCUCGAGUAACCAUCCUCCCAGGAGUGACAAUCGGGAGAGGUUCCACAGUGGCUGCCGGUGCAGUUGUCCACAAAGAUAUCGAGCCAGAGACAUUGGUGGGAGGUGUACCAGCUCGGUUUAUCCGGAGCUUGAAGGAUGUUCCAAAGGAUCCAGAUAUGGAAUCGAUCGAUGGUGAAUUUUAG